UAAGCUGGAAUCCCCUCAGAAGAAGUACGAGUGGAAUGGAGUGAGCAGAAUUUUGCUUCUGGAACAGUCCACUUCAGCAGGAACGGGGAGGCCGGUUGUUAUAAAAUUUAAAAGUUGCACAGAACGGUCAGACACGGUCGUGGUAAAAAAAAUUCAUCUACCACUAUCUUGUUGGGGUCACUAGGGAGGUGAUGACACUGAUUACGGAGUUGGGGGUGUCGAAAAAACUUCAAAUUUUUAAAAACAAAAAAUAAUAUAGAGAGCAGAGAGAAGAGAAAUUGUUGCUCUCGUGUUGCUCUGCCGUCGAAUGUUUCCACUGUUUCAGCAGUCCAUUGCUGGACUAAGAUAACAAUGUGGGAACAUCAGGGAUACAAAGGUAUGCGUACCAAUCUGUCAAAAAAUUUGAACUAACAAUGUCCUUUUGCAAACUAAUCUGGUCAAAAAUUAAACCCCGCUGAACAUGGUUUGCGCUCCCAUUGUAAGUCUGCAAAAAUCACUCUUCAAUUUCCACUUUCAGGAAGUUCCACCUACUUCUACGACCUGGAUUCGGCUUCGUACUACUAUCUAGGACCCAAACUAAACGACCGCGUGUUGUCCUUCAAAAUCGAUAUCGGCUCCUGUGUCGAAGCCUAUGAACACAGUCCGCCCUCUGGAAAAUGGUUUUGGACGAUGGAUCGGGAUUUUCAAGGAUUUACACCACAGAGUGGCAUGAACGACAGAAUAUCAAGUAUGAAGAAAUGUGGCAAAAACACGGUCGAACUGAGGUGCCCGAGUAACACGUUCGUCAAGAAGAUUCAGUGGGAUGGAAGUAACAAUCUGAGAGGAGGGCUGAAACUACACUGUAUGCCAUAUUUUUCCCCGUCGGCAGUAUCGAUACUGAAUCUUCACCCAUAUUUGUCAAUGACACACUCAAGGGAGUGUUUAAACGGCACAAGGGGGAUUCGAUUUAGCAGAAUGCAGUCGUGGGAGGUAGAUUACGCCAUGGAGCCGGACUGCCACCCUGGCUAUACUUCGGGAAGCAAUGCCUAUUGUGCGAGUGGAUAUGCUCUUACAGGGGUUAGGAUGGAAGUAGAAAACCGAUCACGGUUCAUAAAAUCUUCAAGGAUUUACUGCUCCCCGUGGACCAGUCCAAAUGGAAGGGGGUCUGCAAUUAAUGAGGUCAAGGUCGUUGAGCCUCUCUAUCUUAGAAAUUUGACGAGGUCGGCGAUUGUCAAAGGAGCAGUAGUUCCUGGGCAGGACGAGGUUGAAGAUUCUAAGGGAAGAGUGGCGACGGGGGGUAUUGAACUAAAACCGUAUUUCUGAAUGCUGGGACCUAAUGGAAGUUUUGCUGAAAGAUAUUGAUUAUUUUAUCAAGAUAAAUAUCUCUUAUGAUUUGUAUACUUGAAUAAUAAAAUUAUUAAUUUAUUUGCUUCGAUGAAAUAAUUUGGAUCUAAAGAUUUACUCAUUAUUGGUCAGUA